AGAUUUUUAAUAUAUUUGGCGGUUAUCAGAUCAUUCUAAAAACUUAGCAACAGUGUCCUCUCGUGAGUUAAAGCGGAACUGACAGGAGCCAGCUGAAAGUCUUCUCCCGGCCACCGUACAUAUGACAAAAUUAAGAUUGUGGUUGUGAAUAAUAAUGAAGGCGUUUGAACUGUAAUCUGUGGCACUAUUGCUCAUUUUUAGGUGUUUGGAGAUGGAAGAUGAAUGGGAAGAAGAGGAGCAGCUUGUUGUGGUGGAGCUCUCUGGAAUAAUCAACAAUGACUUUCUGUCCAAGUGUCGGACCACUUGUAAGAUACUGGAUAUAGAUAGUGAAAGACCCAUGAUGCAAGUUGGACAAUAUGUGUUUGCAGGCGAAUAUGAAGAUGCAUUGGGAACUUGUGUACUUUUUGAAGAGGCAGCACCAAGAAAAGGACAAGCACACAGUGGCCCUGGCCUCAAAUACAUGUGCCACACUGUUAAGAAGUUGACGAUGCAGCGAAUCUUUCUCACUGAAAAGAUGGAGGAUGAAACAAUUGCAGGGGGAUAUGAUGACAAACAGGACACAUCCUGCAUGUCUAAUGAAAGCGAAACUGACAAGACGCAUGGCAUGGUAGAGGAAAUUAUGAACACAGAUUUGGAAGACUCUACAGUUGACUGAGAUAGACAUUUCAUAUUAUGGCUUCCAUGUGUGAGGAUAAGAAAUUUGUCUUUGAUUUAUUGGUUUUUGCACUUCUACAGCAAAACAAGGACAUAUUUUUGUUCUGUGUAAUAAAAUUAAUUACUUAAUUUUGGAAGACACAGUUAUGCCACCUCCUCAUUGAGCUUCAAAAAUAUCCCAAAACUAGUAGUUGUUACAGAGUGUAAAUGGCUGAAUACUUUUUGGUUGAUAUUGGAUGUUUUUGAUUUUCUUUCAUGAUUUUUUUUUCUGGUGUCAGGAUUUGGUGUAAGAGGCCUCACAGUGGGAUUCACAUAUUAUCCUUGCACCCUUGUGAAGGAAGCUCAUUGCCACAUACUAAUAUCUCUAUUUUCUAUUGUUAAUGCCUCUGGAAGAAUGGUAACAAAUAAAUAGUAACAAAUAGGGUAGUGUGAAUGGAGGUCCUUCUAACUUUUUUUUAUUUCCAAUUGUGAUAAUUAAAAUUUACUAGACUUAAAUAGUUUUGUUUUGCUCUUUAUGCUUAAGUUGUUCCAACUUGGUAAAAAA